AAAAGAAGUAAUAAUACAUGAAGAUAGUUUUCGAUGUGAUUCGGUAUUAAUUGUAUUGACGGACCAAAAUAAUGCCAUAAUUAUAAACUCUGAAAAUGGGAUUAUUCUUGAAGAGAUUUCCAAUGAAUUUAUGUGUGUUCACGGAGAUUUUUUUAACAAAGCAUCUGAUCAAUUGAUAAAAAUUCCAAUUUCCAACAUGGAAAAUAUCUACACUUGGAGUCUCGUUAAUCUGAAUUUUUCAAAUUUGAAUGAUUCGUUUAUUAUUGAAGGUGACAAUAUUGAAAAUGAUGUUCAUUUAAGUUCGAAACUUGAAUCCUUGAAUAAUCGGGUGAUUGAGGAAAAUGCAAAAAUUAAAAAAUUAAAUGAUUCGAUAGAAUCUAAGCAAGAAAUACUAUUACAAUGUAAUUCGUUGCUAAAUUCCAUGUCUGACGUUUUUCAAAUUGAUGAAGACGAUUAUUCAACGGGAUCAACCACAAAUUUGCGAAGAAAGCAUGCUAUUAAUAAUCCCAAACAAAGUUAUCAAAUGAUGAGAUUAUUACCGUCCAUCAAUUCUAACAAAGAUUAUACUGA